AUGUUAAAGGAAACUAAAAAGUUUAUUGGUAAAUCCCUUCAGCCAGCACGGCCUGUGCAUCAUUUGUCUUCUAAACAAGCCAUUGCGUUAAACUUCCAGACUGAAUUACCUAGCAACACUGAAGUAUGUUUGCAGAGUAAGGUUGACUGGUUAUCUGAAAUGACUGAAGUGAAGAUCUUAAAUCAAACUAUGAUGCCCUGUCAACCAAACCAGCACGAAUCAGAAGCAAAAAAAGAAAGGAUCAAAUACAGCAGAGAUUUCCUUCUGAAACUUUCAAGUGUUUCUCUCUCUCAGAAGAAGCCAGAGUUUCUUCCUGAUCAUCCAGUUGUACUUGAAAAGCCAGAAAAGAGCAACCCUUCUGUUGACAUAUGCAAGAAGUGA